AUGAGUUUUUUAACAGGAGUUCCAAAAGGUUCUUGGCAGCCAAUCAUGACUGCAGAUACGACAACCCCAAGUUACUGGUUCAACUGGAGGGUCUUGCUUUGUACCAUAUGGGUUCUGACUUCAAUGACACUUUCAGUUAUUCUCGUAUGCAAAUUUGAAGGGCCGGGUAGUUCGAAGCGUCGCAGCAGAGAAACCCAGCAAGAAAUAUCUGCAGGAACUUUGUAUGAGGAUGAAACUUGGAGACCAUGCCUCAAAGGCAUUCACCCAGCCUGGCUUCUGGCUUUUAGAAUUUUUGCUUUCUUUGUGCUUUUGGUUCUGCUCAUCAUCACAGCUUUUGUGGAUGGUGGUGGCAUUUUUCUCUUCUACACACAGUGGACAUUUACAUUGGUUACUAUUUAUUUUGGGCUUGGAUCAUUGCUCUCCAUGCGGGGAUGUUACCAAUACCAUAAGAAAACUGCCGGCGAUAAGGUUGAGAGUUUUGAGGUGGAUACAGAGCAAGGCACUUUUGUGUCUCCUCCGCUUGAAGUUACUUCCGGUACCUCUGCCACAGACAAAGCCUCGGGCUCCCACGUAGAACAACCUCAAGCUCGCCAACCUGCUGGCUUUUGGGGUUAUGUCUUCCAAAUAAUCUUCCAGAUGAAUGCGGGUGCUGUCGUCCUCACAGACUGCGUCUUUUGGUUCAUAAUCGUUCCAUUUCUUACCAUCAAAGAUUACAACUUGAAUUUUCUGAUUAUAAACAUGCACACAAUCAAUGCUGUUUUCUUGCUUGGCGAAACCGCUUUGAACAGCUUGCCGUUUCCCUGGUUCCGAAUUGGAUAUUUCUUCCUGUGGACAGUCACCUAUGUAGUUUUCCAGUGGCUCGUUCAUGCUUUUUUCAAACUUUGGUGGCCCUAUCCAUUUCUUGACUUGUCAUCUCCAUAUGCUCCACUAUGGUAUGUAUCCUAA